AUUUAAACUCUCCUGAUGAUUGAAGAGUGUGUGAUGUGUGUGUUAUUGUGUGUUUCAGUCUCACAGACUGAGAUCAGUGCAGGUCUCUCUGUGACUCUCUUCUGUCAGCUGUAUUCAUAUGCUGGAGGCUCUUGUGAAGAUUUGAUCCAUUCUGAGAGAAUUGAGCUGUUCUGGGUGGAUCAGACUGGUGUUAAACUGACGAGAUCAGACUCCAGAUAUCAGAUAUCACCCUCAUCAGAUCACUGUAUCAUCACUCUGAAUAUAACACUCCUGAAUGAAGAUCACAACAGAGAGUGGAGAUGUGAAGUUACUCAGAGAGAUCAAGUCAAGGCCUCAAUCACAUACACUGUCAAGAGUUCAGAUCAAGCUCAAACCACCACACCAGUCCCACACUCUCAGGAUCCCUCAACUACAAACACAGCAGAAACUACAGCUCAAACUGAUUCAGCGACAGCAGUGACUACAGUCCACAGCACAAACUCUCAGGAUCCCUCAACUACAAACACACCUGAACCCUCUUCACACACAGUGCCAGUGAUUUCUGCUGCUGCUGCUGCGUUCGCUGCUUUCAUUACUGUUCUUCUCUGGUUGAUCUGGAGAAAAAGAGCUGGUAAUAAAAGAGGGACUGAUGAAUCGGCGGUCAAAGAUGAGACGAUCAACAUGCUGCUGCGAGAGACAACGUGA